AUGGUGCCGCGACCCGGGAGUACUACUUUGAAUGACGGGCUAACGAUCCAAGAGGCAUCGGAGGCAGGUGCGCAGUCGGCUGGAAGGUCGCCGACUGCAACAGAGCACAGUGAGAGACCUGUCGCGUCGUGGAGCUCUGAAGGAACCUUCACGACAGGCCACGGGGCCAGCGACGACCAGGAGGGCUACGAAGAACAGUUUGCCGUUCCCGAUGCGGCUCCCGACGAGGGAGCCGCGAAGGGCCGCGACGCUAGUCGCGGUCCUACCAGUCGGAAGCCUGCAAAGGCCGACGACCAACAACAACCCACCGCCAAGGCAGCCAUGAAGCGCAAGUGGCCCAAGAGGAGGAAGAAGAAGCUGCGCGCGCCGGACUCGGCGGAGGAGUCGCUGUCCAAGCCGCAAGGCAAGGACACGGGACGUCAGUACACCGUCGAGGAGCCCAUGCUGAUGAGCAACUUCACAGGCCCCUUCGUGGUGCCGGACUUCGAUAGUCUCACCAGCGUCGCCCACGCCGCGCCGACUCUCUUCCAGAUGCUGCGUGACUCGGGGUUCGUGCUGGGGGCUUUCGAGAUGGAGAGGCUGUGUGAUUGGGACCUCAAAUCUUGGUUACGUGCGAUUCGCGUCGUGCAGCAGCCCUUGACGAUUCUCGCCGGAUCCGUCAAACAAGACGCGACGAGUUCCGCGACGGGCCAAGACGCGCCGAGUCCCUCGGCGGGCCCAGCCCAGACUUCGACGCCCACGCCCUCGCCUCCACCUCGAUACCAAUCGAGCGUGGACUCCGACAGCAGUUUCGAGUCGCCCAAGCGCAUGCCCAUGAACCGGCCGCCGCGCGCCAUGCAGCUAUCCGCGGCGCCCACACGCACAGAGGUGACGAAACCCGCCGAGGAGGUGCUUCCCAAGGCCUUGAGAGAAUCUAUCAUCAAGCUGAUGCAGACGACAGUGAUGAACACCCCGCGCGCCGACACGGCCGCAAUUCCGAUGGGGCCGAAGCCGCCCGCGAAUCCCACACCCACGGUGGCUCGCCCCCAGGAGGCAGCGGAUGUCGCCAUGGAGUCGGUCAGUUCGCGUUCUUCGACGAGGUCCAUAACUCGACGCGACGCGGACGAGGCCCCCGAUGACCUGUUCGACUUGGACAUCGGAGUGCCAAGAACCGCGGCCACCGUCUCGACGGCGACAGCCGGCGGCGUAGCCCUCGCCCGCGUACGCCUCUCAGCAUCUUCCGAGCUGAAAGAGUUCUCGGGACGGGACGCCAGCGAAGAGAAAGCCAGACUGUGGCUCAACCAUCGGAAGUCCGCCGCGCGGUGCGACGGGAUGACGGGCGAAAAAGUGUGCGGGCAGUUCAGCGAUCUAAUGAGCGGCCCUGCGCGCCAAUGGUAUCUCCAGUUGCCCAGGAAGGUCAAGAAAUCAUGGACCGAGCUGAUGGAGCAAUUCCGGGUGCAGUACUGCGGCAAGGGCGUGUCAAUGGCCAGUCGCUACUACCACGCGGCUCAGCGCCCCGACGAGACCCCUCUGGAUUACUUGUACCGGCUCAACGUCGCGGGCUUGAGGGCCAACAUCCCAUACGCCGAGGGCACGACUGAAGAGAAGCGCGAAAACGUCAAGCAUUUCAUCCGGACGCUGAACACGCAGGAGGCCGAACUCACCUCACGUCUCACGCUGAUGGAGGUCGCCGACUCCGAGGCGCUGGAGAAGAAACUGCGUGCCUGA